UAUAAAUUUAAUUAAUCCAUUUAUAACACAUGGAUAUUAAGGCCGCUCCCCCAAGUCCAACUCAAAUUAUUAAAUCGCCGGGUGGACCCAUCAUUCCUAAACCCGUAAAAUUUUUAAUAGGAGGCACAGCUGGCAUGUCAGCCACUCUUUUUGUACACCCUUUGGAUUUGGUAAAAAAUAGAAUGCAGUUAAGCGGAGAAGGUGGGCAAAAACGUUUAUACUCAUCAACAUUUAAUACUUUCCAACAAAUUGCAAGACAGGAAGGAAUUUUAAAACUAUACAGUGGAUUAUCUGCUGGAUUACUUAGACAAGCAACAUACACAACUGUUAGAUUAGGUGUUUAUACCUUAUUAUUUGAAAAAUUUUCCAAGGAUGGGAAACCUCCCAAUUUUGCUGAGAAAACGGCUAUAGCAAUGACAGCUGGUGCAAUUGGGGCCUUCUUUGGAAAUCCGGCAGAAAUAUCUUUAAUUAGAAUGUGUGCUGAUGGAAGAUUACCAAUAGCUGAAAGGAGAGGUUAUAAAAGUGUCAUUGAUGCCUUAGUUAGAAUGGCUAAAGAAGAAGGAAUAUUAACUUUAUGGAGGGGUGUUGGAACAACGGUGUCUCGCGCCAUUGUUGUCAAUGCAGCUCAAUUAGCAACUUAUUCUCAAGCCAAACAACUCUUAAUACAAAAUGGUAAAUAUUUUGGCGAUAAUAUAACAACCCAUUUUGUCGCCAGCAUGAUAAGCGGCCUCGCCACUACACUUGCGUCCAUGCCGAUCGAUAUGGCUAAAACUAGAAUACAAAACAUGAAAGUGAUUAAUGGAAUUCCCGAAUACAAAGGAGCUAUAGAUGUAAUGAGCAAAGUGAUCAAAAAUGAAGGGUUAUUUAGUUUGUGGAAAGGGUUUACUCCUUAUUACGCCCGCGUGGGUCCUCAUACCGUUUUGAUGUUCGUAUUCAUGGAACAAUUUAAUCGAAUGUACGCUAAAUACAUACUCAAGGAUGAUAGGAAAGUUGCCUCACUCUAAAAACAACACAUUAUAUACUCUUCCCUAAAUGCUGUUUAAUAAACAAUUUUUUUUAUAAGGCUAAAUAGUCAAUUAUUAAUAAUCUCAUUUAUAUGAUUUUAAUAUUAUACCAAAUCAACAUAUAUAUUUUUUUAGAGAUAUUUUGUUUUGCAUUUGAUAAUUACUACAAAAUUUCAUGUAUUUUAAAUGAUGUUUUGUGAUUUUUUAAAAAAAUAUAUAUUAAAUAAACCAUACAUCAUUUG